AUGGCGCUCCCGGCGACGACCCCGCGCGCGGCGGUGCGGUGUCCGAUCGCGGCGUGCGCGCCCACGCCCCCGGUGACGGCCGGAGGGAGGCCCCGGGAGCUGCCGUUCGCGCUGCUGGCGGAGCGGGGGAUGGUGGUGGGGGGUCACCGCGGGAUGGGGAUGAACGCGGUGGGGGCGCCGCCCGGGGCGCGCGUCGGGGCGGCGAGGGAGCGGGAGAACACGCUGCUCUCAUUCGGCCGCGCCGCCGAGCACGCCGCCGUCGCCUUCGUCGAGUUCGACGUCCAGGUUACAAAAGAUGGCUGCCCAGUUAUCUUCCACGAUGAUUUUAUCCUCACCCAAAAAACUGAGGUUUUGUAUGAAAGGCGCGUGACCGAUCUUCUUCUGGACGAAUUCCUUUCAUAUGGGGUACAAAAAGAGCCGCACAAGGUCUCCAAGCCCCUACUUAGACGGAUGGAAGAUGGCAGAGUCCUUGCUUGGAGCACCGAAGAAGAUGAUUAUCUCUGCACAUUGCAGGAAGUCUUCGAACAUGUCAGUCCCCAUCUGGGAUUUAACAUCGAACUAAAGUUUGAUGACAACAUUAUCUAUCCGGGCGUCAACCUUAACCGUGCUCUUCAAGCUGUACUGCAAGUUGUUUUUCAGUAUGCUGGCAACAGACCACUCUUUUUCUCAACAUUCCAACCUGAUGCCGCACGGAUAACACGUGAACUCCAAAGUGUAUACCCUGUACUGUUCUUAACAGAAGGGGGAACAGCCAAACACGAUGAUAGGAGAAGGAACUCACUCGACAAUGCUAUCCAAGUGUGCCAAGAGUAUGACUUGCAUGGGGUUGUGUCAGAAGUCAGAGGAGUUCUAAAAAAUCCCUCUGCGAUCCUAAAAGCACAAGAAUCCAACCUUGCUAUUCUCACCUAUGGGCAGCUCAAUAAUGUGCGGGAGGCUGUUUACAUCCAGUAUCUAAUGGGUGUGAAUGGUGUCAUUGUUGAUCUAGUGGAGGAGAUAUCCAAUGCUGUUGCAGAUUUCAGUAAACCAGACCUCGGCCAGAGCACAUUCAGUAACAGUGUUGACAUAUGCAGAAAACAUGAGUCGUUCUCACAGCAGCAGCUGGGGUUCCUGCUCCGGCUUAUACCUGAACUGAUUCAGCAACCACACUAA